GAUGAUGCGCGUGCCCGUGGUCACCUGCGCAGGGCGCGAGCUCGCAGCCCUGGACGCCGAGCCCUCCUGGCAGCUGCCCGACGUGCUCGCGGCGCUGCCGGCCCAGGCCGCGCAGCAGGAGGGGGGCGCGCGCCUCUUCCUCGGGGAGACGGAGCUCUGUGGAAGCGCGACGCUGGCCGGCAUCGGGGCCAGGAGCGGCAGCGAGCUGACGCUGGUCGUGACCGCGGCCGCGCGAGUGGUGUCCGGGUGCCUGGACGGGUCGGCGAGGGUCUGGUCCAAGGACUCUGGGCACUGCCUGCGCACGCUGAGCGGCCACGCGGGCCGCGUGAGCUCGGCCGCGUUCUCGCCGGACGGGCGGCUGGUGGUGACCGCAUCGCACGACGGGACGGCGAAGAUCUGGUCUGCCGGUUCUGGCGAGUGCCUGCACACGCUGCGGGGCCACCAGGAUUGGGUGUACUCGGCCGCGUUCUCGGCGGACGGGCAGAGUUUGCUCACCGCCUCGUGCGAUCGGUCGGCCAAGGUCUGGUCCGCGCGGUCUGGGGACUGGGAGUGCGCCCAGACGCUGGAGGACUCGGGCGCCGUCUGUGCCGCCGCCUUCUCGCCGAGCGGGCAGGAGGUGCUGACCGCAUCGGACGAUGGCACAGCGAAGAUAUGGUCCGUAGACUCGGGGAGGAAUUUGCGUACGCUUCAGGCCCACAGGGAUCGCGUGAACUCGGCCACGUUCUCACCGGACGGGCUCGGGGUGCUGACCACGUCCCACGACUGGACGGCCAAAAUCUCGUCCGCCCUCUCGGGAGAGCGCCUGCACGUCCUGGUGGGGCACCAGGAUCGCGUGAAUUGGGCCGUUUUCUCGCCGAACGGACAGGAGGUGCUGACAGCCUCGCGCGACUGGACGGCGAAGAUGUGCACCGCUUUGCGGGGUCACGUCCGAACGAUCCAUCCGUCCCGUCCGCUCGGUGAUGGAGGGCAGUUCGGGAGCAUUGGAUGUGAGGCUAACAGUGCCGCUCACGGGUGCUCCUCCUCCUCCUCUUCCUCUUCCUCCUCUUUCUCCUCCUCCUGCUCCUCCUCCUCCUCCUCCUCCUGCUCCUUGUCCUCCUCGUCCUCCUCUUCCUCCUCCUCUUCCUCCUCCUCCUCCUCCUCCUUCCUUCUCCCCUGUCCCCUCCUCCCCUUAUCCCCUCCUCAUCAUUAUCGUCGUGAUCAUCACCAGAAUUGCCAUCGUUGUUAUCAUCAUAUGUCGCCAUCAUCGUCAGCAGCAGCAGCAGCGUUAUCAUCACCAUCAUCAGCAGCAGAAUCAUCAUCAUCAUCAUCAUCAUCAUCAUCAUCAUCAUCAGCAUCAGCAUCAGCAUCAUCAUCAUCAUCAUCAUCAUCAUCAUCAUCAUCAUCAUCAUCAUCAUCAUCACCAUCGUCAUCAGCAUCAGCAUCAGCAUCAGCAUCAGCAUCAGCAUCAGCAUCACCACCAUCAGCAUCUUCCAAAUAUCAUCAGCAUAAUCAUCAUCAUAAUCACCACCAUCAUCGUCCACCGCCCAUCAGCAUAAUCGUCGCUAUCGCCAUCAACAUCAUCAUCAGCAACAAUAACAUCAUCGUCAUCGUCAUCAUCAGAAUCAUCAUCAGCAUCAGCAUCAUCAUCAUCAUCAUCAGCAGCAUCAGCAUCAUCAUCAGCAGCAUCAUCAUCAUCAGCAUCAUCGUCAUGGGCAUCUUCGUCGUCAUCGUCAUCGUGAUAGGCGUCGUCGUCGUCCUCGUCACCCUGGUCCGUCUCGCCCUUACGCUCCUGCCGGCUCGCGCCCUCCUGCUCGUCUUCGCUGUCCGUCGUGGCAGCGCUUCCUGA